AAAAGAUUAAGCUAUGGUGUAUCCCCUUACAGUGGAUCAUACAAUCAUUCAAUAUUGCUUUAUUUACGAUGGCAACUUUGCUGGUUACAGCAACUGUGACACAUAGAAACCCCAUGACAAUGCACCUUGCCGUCAUACACCCAUUACUGAUCUGGAUCUAUAUUUUUCACUUGAGCUGUACUGGAUUCGUACCUGUCAUUGGCACCAUUCUUUCAUUUAAUGCAUCGUAUGGGUCAAUCGUGUUUUUUAACUCUAUUUACUGGGUUAAUACCAUCGUCAACAUCUAUAUUGGACAAACAAUCAACUUUGUAUUAUUCAUCACCAAUAGACAAGAAACAAUAAGAGCAUGCAAGCUUGCCAAUGCAAGCCAAGACGAGCCCUUGAAUAAUUUGCUUGUUUUGUUGGAUCUAAAGUUAGGAUCUACCUUUGGCUUUAUUGAUUGUAACCAAGCUGCUCAAGCUGGCUUGAUCGGCCUUGGUUCCUGCUUAUUUGUGGGGUGUAUGUUUACGACUUGGUAUGGAUUCAUUAUCAAUAAAUGGACAAGAGGUCUGGAUAAGAAUCACAUAGGCUGGCGUGCAAGAAAUGCAACAUGGAACGACCAUCUAGAUGACUUGGCAUCAACUUAUGUACAAGACAGACAGAAUGCACCUACUUAUUCAACAGAAAAAGAGACUAGAUCGUUCUCUAGUAUGUUGAAGAAAUUCUUUCAGAAAUAAACACUUUAUUAUUCAUCGUCAGAAAGAAGUUCCGCUAGUUCUCUCUCUUCUUCCUCUGUCAAACCGGUAUCUUUUGCUUGCUCUUUUUUCUUUUUCUUUU